UUAGAGCUGCUGAAAAGCAUGACUUCCUCUUCUGUUGUUGAUAAACCGCCGGUAAGACGGGUUGCUGUCUUCGGGGGAAUUCAUGACAAUGAGUUAUCAGGGGUAUUUUUGGUCAAGCACUGGCAAGAGAAUGGAGCUGAGGUUCAAAGAACAGGAAUGGAAGUGAAACCAUUUCUUACCAACCCAAGAGCUGUGAAGAAGUGUACUAGAUACAUUGACUGUGAUCUGAACCGUGUUUUUGACCCUGAUAAUCUUGGCAGGACAGUGGUGGAAGAUAUUCCACAUGAAGUGAGGAGGGCUCAGGAAAUCAAUCAUAUAUUUGGUUCAAAAGGUAGUGAUGAUGCGUAUGACCUUAUUUUUGACCUUCACAACACCACUUCUAACAUGGGUGGUACCCUUAUUCUUGAAAACUCCAGGGAUGACUUUACAAUUCAAAUGUUUCAUUAUAUCAAGAAUGCUUUGGCUCCAGAAUGCUGUCCCGUUUUGCUGAUUGAACAUCCUAGCUUGAAAUAUGCAACAACUCGAUCUGUAGCAAAACAUCCUGUUGGCGUGGAGGUGGGCCCUCAGCCGCAAGGUGUUGUUAGAGCUGAUACUGUGGACAAAAUGAGGAAGAUUGUCAAACACGGCCUUGAUUUUGUGCAACUUUUUAAUGAAGGAAAGGAAUUUCCACUGUGUGCAAUUGAGGUUUUUAAAAUAAUGUAGAAAGAUUAUCCCAGGAAUAAUAAUGAUGAAGUUAUUGCUAUUAUUCACCCUAAACUGCAGGAUCAAGACUGGCAGCCGCUGAACAACGGUGAUCGUCUAUUUUUGACUCUUGAUGGAGAAGUAAUUGCAUAUAAAGCAGACUGUACAGUCUAUCCAACAUUUAUUAACGAAGCUGCGUAUUAUGAAAAGAAACAAGCUUUUGUAAAAACAGUAAAAGUGAAACUCACUGCAACACACAUCAGAUCGUCAGUCUUAGACCAGAACACUUCCUAAAAGCUUAUCACAGAUUUUCCAUACAAAAAGUGGAUUUCUUCUCUCUGAAAUCCACUGCCAUUCAGUAGUAAUUCAUGGACUAAAUAAAUGCAGAAUCUAAUUUUAAAUUGUAAUUUAACAUUGCUGAGCACUUUUAAGAUGAUGCAUACUGUCAUAAUGCUAAUUAUGACUACUGUUUACUUCUUUUAAUAGAUUACUAUAGAUGCAAAGAAUAAAUAUUUUUAUGAAGUUUGUUAGUUCACACUAUAUGAAAUGAUUAAAUGAUGUACCACACAUGGGUUAGUGGCUAUAGAACUUAUAUCUGGCAUUAUAAAGAUGCUCAUUCACAAAACUAUAUUAUAUAAAAAAAAUACAGCAUUUCUACUUUAUAACCCCAAACUUCCAAUAACCAACACUUUUAAAAUGGGGUGAUCCCUGAAACUAAUUCCUCAGAUAAACAUACAAAAUACGAGACAAAGGAAAAGCUAGGGAGAGAGAAACAGAAUGAGGGCAUGGAUAUUAAAAUUCUUUCUUAUUAUCUGCAUAUGUGACUAACCCCUACUGUGCUGAAGUGGAAGCAUUAGAGUUUGUUUUGGUUUUCUUUUUAUAGUUAUGAAGAUAUGAAAUAAGCUAAAACCAUAUGAUUUCUGAGAAAAAUACAUUAAAAUGAAAUGUAAAGCUUUUUAAUGUAAAGUAUUACAAGAUUAAUUCAAGCUGUUUCUGAUUUAAUGUUAAUUUAAGUACAAAAAGGUUGAGUUUCAAAAGUGUCUAGUAGUUGGAAACAUACUGGAGCAAUAUUCAAAUUCAGGAAAAAGAUGUGCUUACCCCACAAAAAAUUUUUGCAGAAAGUUUCUUUUGCAAUGGAGACAAGUUUAUAGCUUUAUAACUUUCUAGGUGUAUCCACCUACUGCUUACAACAUUUUCAAGUAAAAUUUUAAUCAACUGUUGUACCUCAAAAGUUUGCAAUGAAGAAGGCAAGAUUAGGUAAUUACUCAGGUUUUGAUGAAGAAUGAUGCACAAAUCAUACCUGAGUAUUUCAGAACGGAAAUU